AUUUGUAAUACAACCAUGUGAACUUUUCUUCAUGCUGUUGGACUGCUGUGUGCUGGAGCUCCAUUCAGGUUUCCUCCACACUGGAAUGGAGCUGUUCUUCUGGAAACCCUGAUGUCCUUCAGCUAACAUCAUUUGCUGCAAGGUGGACAGGCCUGAGGCCGUCAUCAGGCGUUCCAGGCAGAAACCAUGCAGCAGAAGAGGAACAUCCAGAUCAUAGAAUGGGAGGACCUGGACAAGCGCAAGUUCUACUCUUUCGGGGUCUUCAUGACCAUGACCAUCCGUGCCACGGUCUACCCUGCCAUGCUCAUCCGCACCAGGCUGCAGGUUCAGAAGGGGAAAUCUCUCUAUAGCGGCACCUGCGAUGCCUUCCGGAAAAUCCUGCGAGCCGAGGGGAUCAGAGGACUUUACCGUGGUUUCAUGGUGAACACUUUCACACUCAUAUCAGGGCAGGCGUAUAUCACGACGUACGAGCUGGUGCGGAAGUACGUCUCCGGUUACUCCAAGGACAACACUGUAAAGUCGCUGGUGGCAGGAGGGUCGGCUUCGCUCGUUGCCCAGAGCAUCACCGUCCCCAUCGACGUGAUCUCGCAGCAGCUCAUGAUGCAGGGCGAAGGGGAGCAUCUAACACGCUUUAAGGUCAAAGCUGCACCUGGCGGAAAGCACAGAGUCGCGUUCGGCCAGACGAGAGACAUUAUCGUUCAGAUAUUCGCAGUGGAUGGAUUCCGUGGGUUCUACAGAGGAUACGUGGCGUCUCUUCUCACGUACAUACCCAACAGCGCGGUCUGGUGGCCUUUUUACCACUUUUACGCCGAACAGCUCUCCAAAAUGGCACCGAGUGACUGCCCACAUUUAGUUCUACAAGCCAUGGCUGGACCACUAGCAGCUGCCACUGCCUCAACCGUCACCAAUCCAAUGGAUGUGGUCCGUGCCAGGGUUCAGGUUGAAGGCAGGACGUCAGUCAUCGAAACGUUCAAGGAGCUUCUCAGAGAAGAAGGAUGUUUGGGGAUGACCAAGGGUCUCUCUGCCCGCAUUAUAUCCUCCACUCCUACAGCAAUAGUCAUGGUGGUCGGCUACGAAACUCUGAAAAAACUGAGCCUCCGCCCAGAGCUGGUCGAUUCCAGACACUGGUAAAAGAGGUGUCGUGUCCCCACUGUCUCUCGAGUGAACUUCCUCUGUCCGCAUCAUUCAUUUCAGAUUUGCCUCGUGGCUUUUAAGUGUGAUUGUCAUGUUAUUUUAUAAUCGAUGGUAAAGGGAAUGUUUAAUUUGAAGUUUUAAGUGGAAAAUGCUGCUCUGAAAAGUUGCUUGGAAACUGUCAUUUUAUUGGAUUCAACUUCGGGAACUUUUUAGUCUAUUUUUAAUUUAUUUUUUUGUUAUAAAUGAGCUGUCUGAAAAAGGGUUUGAUUUCCGUUUCGGGACUAUAGCGGUACCGUUAUUCGUCCUCUUGCCAUAUUGUAUUAAGUACUGCACUGGAUAAUGGUCCUUAAGUCUUUCUUUUAUUCUAAUCAUAUGGAGUGAUAUAAGAAUAUAAUAUAAAUAAUAUACUGUAUUUUUGAGGAAUUGUGAGAUUCUGCUGUCAAAAUGCACUCUAAAUAUAUACCCUGUUAAAACCUU